AACGGUAUCUUCCUAAGUACCCGUAUCAGUCGAACCUGCUUCAAUCCUGAAUGUUGAGCAUUGUACGUCCAUAGUCACAGUGCUCUGAACUAUUCACUCCAUGAGGCAUUCUAUACUCCUAGUUUCCUCGUCCCUCUCGCCCUCAGCAGACCUGUCGCGUAUCGGAGACUAGGUUUCUUCAUACAUAUUGUAUGUAGACCUCCGAGAACAAUAAUUACCAAGUUCAUCAGGGUUCAGAGCAACCAGCUGGUUAUUGUUCUUCGGGCGUUCCCACUGGUUGUAUCACGCCUGUUCGUAGAUGACCCUUCUCUCCAGCGAGACACUGCACUUACAGUUCGAUACCAAUGAGGUCUGCCAGUCUUCCUAAAGAAAGACCUGCGGCGCGGCUGGCUGUGCCAGAAAUCUGGUGGCGAGACCUGUCUGUAUGGCUCGGGAAACAGGGAUAUUUACUCCGGCCUCGAUAUCGUCCAGGUUGGAAACCCUCUUGGACUGGGAUGGGAAAUUUUGGAGUUGAUUACGAGGAUGCGAGAAUACUUGGGCGUGCCCCAAUAAUGGAUGCUACGAGGAUAUCUGACGGAGAACUUGUUGUCCUCAAAAAGAUCGACAAGUCUGUACACCCAUACGAGGAAGAACUAACGCGAUAUCUUGGUUCUGUACCUCUAGCUUUAGAACCUCAGAAUCAUUGCAUCCCUUUGCUCGAGGUAUUGCAUCCACCAAAUGAACCUGAUGUCAUUAUCCUUGUACUACCAUUGUUGCUGCCGUUCUACGAGCCUCGUUUCCGGACAUUUGGCGAGGCUAUCGAUUUCAUGCAACAAGCUUUCGAGGGCAUCAAGUUUCUGCACGAUCACCUCAUAGCCCACAGGGACUGCAUGUUUAUGAACAUUAUGAUGGAUCCAAAGCCUCUUUAUCCCAAUAUGUUUCAUCCUGUUGAUCCACACAAGUCACGAGAUUGGAAAGGCGGGGCAAAACACUAUUCAAGAAUGACACACCCCACCAAAUACAUCUUAAUCGACUUUGGUAUCUCACGUCGCUACAGGCCGGAGGAUAUGCCACCUCUGGAGGCUCCGAUUUGGUCAGCAGACCGCACGGUUCCAGAGAACAUAAAGGAAGAGCGGUGCAACCCCUUCCCCACCGAUAUCUACCUCAUAGCGAAUGUCAUUCGCCUGUAUUUUCUCAAUCUGUAUGACGGCUUUGACUUCAUAUCUCCGCUCAUUACCGAUAUGAUGCAAGACGACGCAGAGAAGCGACCCACGAUAGAUGUAGUUACAGCUCGCUUCGACCAGAUCGUAGGCAACCUCUCGAAGUGGAAAUUGCGCGCAAGGCUCAAGAAGCGCAUCGAGUGGAGUGUUGCAGGGCUUUUCAGAUCCGGGGCACAUAUAAUCAGAACUACUAGCUACAUGCUCAGGGGGUUGGAUCCUAUUCCAACCCGGAGGACAUAGAAUCGCAAGACUCCCUUCCUUCUCGUGUUUUCUCGUAGGAUACCAUACGGCCUGGCGUCGCACAUACUUACGGCUGCUCAUGUUUCUCCUUGGAUUGUACUAUUCGUGCGCUUUCACUUUCACUGAUGGCGUAUGAUGCAUGAAACGACGUCGACCAACUCCGCAUGCACCAGAAGGUACGGACAAUGCGAAUGUGGGGAUAUCAUCGACGCCUAGUAAGUGCAUCAGGGCUUCCGAGUCCCGAAUCGUCCAAGUAUCAUAAUUGUUUCGGUCUGCAGCUGGGAUCAUGGUCGCUACUGACUGUACAACAAGAUGGUCUAUCAUGGAAGCCUGAUGAAAUGUUGCCACAAGGGAGAACAAAAGUCUUCGGACACGUAUCGAGGGGCCAUUUGACGGUGCACGGAACGAAAAUCGAAAUCCACGAGGCAAACUGAACCUCGAAGCAUGAAAUGGACGCCACAAAUCAGAGACAAGGGACAGUUUCCACCGCCCCGGACCACCACAGAAGUACUAAAUGAGAAGCUAAGGAUACCGAGACAAAAGGCUCCUUUCUGAGAAAAGGGUCCAGACGCUUCGCCAUCAAUUCUUUCAAUCUAAAGCACAAUGAUAAGUACACAUGUCCCUGCUACUAAGACGUAAGCAUGCAGAGAAAUGAUUAUCAGGUCGACGUUUACGGAAUUGAAAGUUCCAAGCAUCAGAGAAUAGCAGGUCGACCCUGGUGAGUACUUGCAGGGUCCAAUGAUGGUGAGAGAUUUGAUGCAUUGAUGUUGGAAGACAAAAGCACGGCUUGAACAAAGGUUGCCGUAGAGCAACGGAAAGCAUCUUCUGAUGUCGCAG